AUGAUUUUAUCACUUGCGUGGUUCCCUAGCCAUUUCAUUACAAAGCUUUCCGCUCAAUUGGUGGGAGGAGAUGAAGCUCUCGUGGAUAACAGGCAUUUUCGUUUUUUUAAAUUGAUAUAGAUUAAAAAGAAUUUCAGAUAAUUUUCUCAAAUCCCUCUUAUUUUUUUAAUUGCGUUUUUUUGACGUCAUUUUGUCCAGCAGAAGGUUUGCAGUUUUUUUCUUCUUUUUUUGGGGUUUUUUUCAUUUUUUUGGGUUUUUCCCUCUUUUUUUUCUUUGAGUUUCGAUUCAAUGAGGAGAGAUGUACCAACUUUUUCUCACAUUUUCUAAAAAUAGACGACUUCUGAAGUUAAGUUCAACUGUUUCGGGCUUCAACAGUUGGAUGUACCCGUGAAAGUUGUCACAUCUCAACUCACGAAGGGAAUUAGAAUAAAACGAAAAAACCAAAAAAAUGUAAAACUGGAAAAAAAAAAAAAACCCAAAAAAUAAACAAAAAAAUUAGAGUGGAUUUUACACUCUCAAAGUUGUUUGAUAAAUUUUUGAUAAACUCUGUUUUUCCAGCAUACAAAAUGAAGCCAUUGUAUUUUUUUCCGAGAAAGUUAGAAAUUUUCGAAAAAUUUGGUCAACUCCGAGUUGGCUCUCUUCGGCGAGCAACGAUUGAUUGCGUCCUCCAAAGCUAGAAAAAUGCCCUUAUUUUUUUCUGAUUAAGAAAGUGUUAGCCCUUCGAUUUAUGAAAUUAAGUUCUACUACAUUGGAUUUUUUUGAUGUUUCAACCGCCCAGAAACCGACGAUUUUUUUGAAAAAAAUUUUGUUUUUUUCAAAUAAAAAGUUCUGCAAAAAAACUUAUUUUUUUCACUAAAAAAACUUCAAAAUAACGUUCUCUGUUUCAAAAAAAGAUAAAAAGUCGACAAAAGUUUAAUUUUUUUCAAGACCCACCGUAACCCAGUGAGGGGGCGUAGUCUCGCAGUGAUUAGCCUAAAAGGUUACACAUUUUUCCAAAUAACUGUAAAAUUAAUUUCGACCCUCAGGACGGAACUUGAAAUUUGUCUACCUACGCUUCACUGCAGUUCAUCGACUUUUUCAGAGAGUGUGUGUUAAAUGAGUACUGCGUUUUGCCCUGGAGACUUGAAUAGUUAUUUUCAGAAAAGUGCUGCAAAUAUCCGAUUCUCGGAUAUUCAUCUGGAGCAGUUGUUCCAUCUGAAUGCGCUAAAGGUGUCGAAUGUACAGAAGCGCCGAUCUACGUCGACUCUGCCGAUGAUGUUCCGAACGAUUUCUUUGUAUUCUUGAUGGAUGCUAAGAACAUCAGUACACUCAAAAUAAUUGGAAGCCGGCGUUUUGAAGUUACCGGCACAAUUAGAAUUGCUCAUAAGGGGUCUGGUUCGUUUUUUUAUUUAUUAGAAAAGUGUCCCUUUUUCGUGUAUAAGAAUUGUGAGCUUAUUUUACAGAUGCUUUCUUUUAUUUUUGGAAAGACAUGAAUUUUUUUUUCAGGGCCGGCGGUCACUCUGAAAAACGCCGAUUUGGACGAAAGGUCUUUCAAAAAUUUGAAAACUAUAACGGUGGAUGACCCGUAUGUUUAUUGCGACGGAAAGAAUAAAUUGAUCGACAUCGAAGGAGAUUACAAAGGAAAUGUUACACUUCGCCUGGAAAAAGUUGCGAAUGAGGUAGCUUUUUAAAGUUUUUUUCCACGAGGUGGAAGUUGAAAAAAAAAUAGUCAAUAGUGAUUCACAGUGUGAAUUUCACACUAUUUGAAAGCUUUUUGACCUCACAACUUGAGAGCGAAAUCCUUUUGAAAAGAAUAGUUUCUCGGAAGCUGGCAACGCGAAACGGACGUGUCGGGGUAGUGGCUACUUUAGUAGCCUCAGCGCUUUUAAGUGAUCCUGGAAUCGCUCAGAAACGUUCGGAGCACGUCCGUUUCGCGUUAACAAUGUCCGAGUUUUAGUGAAUUUUUUUUUCUAAUGCUUUAACGCACGAACAACUGGAAAAAUCUCGGAUAUUGCACAAGAUUCUAACGCAGAAAUCUUUCAGUUCAGCGGAAUAUUCCGUUGUUCAAAGCUUCAGCUUCAUGCUUUUUUUUUCUUGUUUUCCGUGCAUAUUCACUGUGAUUUGAUAAGUUUUCAGACAUUGGCCGUAUGUAAUAAACCGAGACCGGUAACUGAAGCCGCAGUCAGUUCUACUGUCGGAAAUCCGAUUACACAGUCCGCCACACUCAUCAGUCCCAUCGAGGUCCCAUUGAACCCUCCUUCUUUGGUUUGCCAGGAGAACAAUGACAAUGCUGCGAAAAAGUCUUCUAAUAAUGGUAUUUUUUCUGGAUUACCGUAACUGAGAUCUUCUUCAGGCGUGUUUCUAUAUGUUGCUUGCGUCGUAAUCGCAUUCCUCACCAUCAUCUGCAUCUGCUUGAUCAUCCUCAGCGCCAAAUUGUACAAGAAACGGCCUAAGAGAGGGACUCGUCUCGCUUCUUUUGGUGAUACCCAUUUGGAAACGAAAUUGCGAAAGAAACACUAACCUUCUUCCAACAAUUUCCUAAGCUGAAUAUUAGGAAACUGGAAAUUCUUUUGUUUUUGUGAUAUUUCAGUCAAUAAGAGUUGAAUGUUAUUUCUAUAAAUCUCAUGAAUAUCUUCUUUUUUCCGAUAAAAAAUUUCAUUAACGGAUAUUAAUCUUUUUCGUACGCUCAUGCUGGUAUGUGGCAUUAUGGUGAUGGUACUAAUUGAAUUGGAGAAUUUUUUUCAACGUCUUCCGCUUUUUACAUAACGUACUUUACCAUUAACCAUUCAGAUUUUCAGAAGUUCCUGCCUAUCCCAAAAAAACACUGAAGAGACGGCACCAAAUGACACAAAAAAAUAUCCCAAUUCUGUCGAGAAAAUGUCGGAGAAGGCACCCGAAGAAGAGAGGAAGUCUGGCGGAGCAUGAUUGGCAGAGAUGAACGGAAUUCUUCGUUUCUGGAGUUUUCCGUUUUCCGCGUUUUCCGAUAUGCUUUGAUUUUUUUUUUCAGAGUCCAAGCAUUCCUUUUCUUUUAAAAAAAAAUUAUUUUGCUAAUUGUCGAAUGACGCCGUUUUGAAAGAACAAAGCAGUAUACCUGUUCGGAUUUCAAAUGUCAAGUUCUCGCUCAAGCUCCGCCUCCUAAUGGCGCGACAAACCAAUCAGAGAGUGAGCCAUCCACAAAGCCUUCUAUGAAAUGAUUAUAAUUUUUUCCUCCAUUCGAUCACAUUUUCAAAUAUCAAAAACGGAGUUUUAUGCGAAGCUUCGCGCCUGAAAUCUGGAUAUGAAUUUAUUUUCCAUUCCACUUGGAAAUCACCAUCACUGCUUGAAAUGUUUCAUCAGAUAAAUGAUUAUAUCACUUGCGUGGUUUCCUAGCCAUUUCUUUACAAAGCUUUCCGCUCAAUUGGUGGGAGGAGAUGAAGCUCUCGUGGAUAACAGGUAUUUUCGUUUUUUUAAUUGAUAUAGACUAAAAAGAAUUUCAGAUAAUUUUCUCAAAUCCCUCUUAUUUUUUUAAUUGCGUUUUUUUGACGUCAUUUUGUCCAGCAGAAGGUUUGCAGUUUUUUUCUUUUUUUGGGGUUUUUUUCAUGGGUUUACCCUCUUUUUUUCUCUGAGUUUCGACUCAAUGAGAUAAAUUUUGAUAAACUCUGUUUUUCUAGCAAAAAAUACAAAAUGAAGCCAUUGUAUUUUUUUUCCGAGAAAGUUAGAAAUUUUCGAAAAUUUGGUCAACUCCGAGUUGGUUCUCUUCGGCGAGCAAACGAUUGAUUGCGUCCUCCAAAGCUAUAAAGUGCCCUUAUUUUUUUCUGACUAAGAAAGUGUUAGCGCUUCGAUUUAUGAAAUUAAGUUCUACUACAUUGGAUUAUUUGAUGUUUCAACCGCCCAGAAAAACGACGAUUUUUUUGAAAAAAAUUUUGUUUUUCAAAUAAAAAGUUCUGCAAAAAAAUUUAUUUUUUUCACUAAAAAAACUUCAAAAAUAACGUUCUCUGUGUUUAAAAAGUUUGAAGUCGACCCAGGAAAAAAAGUUGAAUUUUUUUCAAGACUUACCGUAACCCAGUGAUGGGCGGAGCCUAACAUUAGCUAUAUAGUAUAGCCUAAAAGCUUAAACAUUAUGCCAAGUAGCUGUGACAAUAAUUUCGUUCCUUGAUACGGAACUUGAAACUCGUGUACCUACGCUUCACGGCAGUUCAUCGACUUUUUAAAGAAAGUGUGUUAAAUGAAUACUGUGUUCCUGGAGACGUGAAUAGUUAUUUUCAGAAGAAUGCUGCAAAUAUCCGAUGCUUGGAUAUUUAUCUGGAGAAGCUCUUCCACUUGGAUGCCUUGAAAUCUACUGUACAAAAGCACCGAUCUAUGUCGAUUCUAACAAUUUGACAUCGGGAAAGAUCGAUUAUUUCUUGCGGAUUGCUAGAAAUAUCAGUACCCUCACGAUAAUUGGAAAUGAGCAUUUUUAUGUUUCUUCCCUGAUAAGAAUUGUUCAUAAGGGGCCUGGUUCGUUUUUUUAUUUAUUCAUAAGCAAAGUCGGAAGGACCCUUCACGGGCCCUUUGAGCGUCCGUUACGGAUCCGUCUGUUUCCAUUAAUUGUUCCUAAACGGGUGGCAAAGGUUUCCUUUUUACUGCCUUUUUGCGUCCUUUCAUCGGCCUUCAUCCACCCUUUUUGGACCCUUUUGAGAAAUAAAAUUUUUUUAAAUUAUGAGUAAUCUUUACAAGUGACUGUGUAUGAACCAAAAUAAGCUACAGUAUAAAAAUCGAAAAUCAUCAAUAACAGAGACUUUUAGAACCUUUUUGCAUCCUCACUCUUUCUUCACUCUUAUUGCGGCUUCUCCCUUUUUUCGCCCUUUUAUCACCCUUUUCAGCCCACUAAGAACGAAAGGCUCAAUAAAGGCUGUAAAAAAAAAAACCCGUUUUCCGCACUUCCGACUUUUGCAGUGUUGGGAAAAUUUCCAUUUUUUGUUUCCAUGGUUGUAUACAUACAUGGGUAAAACCGAAAAGUUCCUUGGAGGAUCUUCAAAGGAUCCUGGGAGGGAGGUAAAAAGGUUCCUAAAAAAGCUCCUAGAAUGAUUUUAAAAAGCUUCUCAUAGCCUCAGGAUCCUUAUUGAAUCCUCCCGAAUCUUUUUAGUUGCUUUCCAGCAUCUUUUUCGGGAAAAGAUGUGAAAAAGAUGCAAAAUGAAAUAAAAUGAGAUAAAAAAGAUCUGCUGGGGACCCUUCCAAGGUCUUUUUUUUGAGAAAGCUUUUGAGGAGCUUUUCAUUUUUGUCCGAGUAAUAGGAAACUCUUUUAGAGACGCUUUUUUAUUUUUAGAAAACACUGUUCGAUUUUUUUUUUUCAGGGCCGGCAGUCACUCUGAAACACGCCGAUUUGGACAUAGAUUCAUUCAAAAAUUUGAAAAAAAUUACGGUGGAUGACCCGUAUGUCUAUUGCGACGGAAAGAAUAAAUUGAUCGACAUCGAAGGAGAUUACAACAAAAACUAUGAUAGGUCGGCUGGAAAGAGUUGCGAGUGA